AACUCCAGUAAAUGCAGUAAGAGAACACAGAGGUGAAUUAAGACAUUUUUAACUUAAGAAUACUCAAAGAUGACUGAGAAAAAUGGCAUGUAAAUAGAUGACAUUGAGAUGAGGUAAUGAGCUUAAAGGGACACAGAGAUUGGAAGUAGGUGGAACUAGAUGAUCAGUGCACAUCUUCAGACUGUGUAGCAUUCUUCUAGGAAGGUCCACUAGAGAUAUCUUUGAAAGGCAAGGAGCUUAAUGUUGAAAAGUACCUCCCAAGAUCUUUGGGGAUGAGUUGCCAAGAGCAAGUAAAUGGAGUCAUACUUGUUCACAGAACCUUACCUAAGCCCUAUGUAGUUCUUUUCUUGGUGCUCUAUCAUUUGUUUUAGUGCUAAUGCAAGCACAUCAUUUCUGUUUCAUUUUCUCUGUCCUGAGAUAAUUCCUGCCUCUUUAUUGUUGUUUCCAUUAUUGCCAUUCUCAUGUAGUUUAGAAUAAGUACAAAAUGGAGGGAAGCAGGUAUUUUCUAAAUGAAUCCUUUCUUAAUAAAGUUGAAAGUUGUUUGUAAAGAAGUUCCCAUGUUAUCUAAUAUACUCAUAACUACCCUGUGAGGUAGGCGUUCUCAAUGUCCUUUUGUCAUGGGAGGAUGCAGCAGACACCCCUAGCUAAAGUGUUUGGCUCCUUAUCGUGUAGCUGGUAAGGGAUGGGAUGUGUCAACCCUAGACACACUGAUUGAGGCCUUGGUCCUGCUUUCUGCUUCCAAAAUGGCUGUGUGCUUCUCAGAAUGAUGACUUUAGAUCUGUUGUCAGCUCUGUGAAUAUCCUAUGAGUUUUACUAUGGCAAACAGGACCGUGUGCCAGACUUCUAUAUACAGUCUUUAGACGAGCUUGAGGUUGGCUGUACUCUUUUUCUUAUUCAUUUUCUAUUCUUCUUGUUUGUGUGAGUGUGUGCAUGUGUUUUUCUGGUAUACUUCUAUAGUUUUUAAAUCAUAGCUACUAAUUAAAAAUUUCAAGUGAUAAAAGUUGCUUAAACUUCUAAUGUUUUACAGUAUGUGACACUGAAAGAGAUGCCUGCUGUGCUUGUUUUCAAAGAUAGAACUUACUUUGUUUAUGAUGAGUACGAAGAUGGUGAUCUGUCAUCAUGGAUCAACAGAGAGAGAUUUCAGAAUUAUCUAACUAUGGAUGGCUUCCUCUUGUAUGAACUUGGAGACACAGGAAAGCUUGUGGCUAUUGCAGUCAUUGAUGAGAAAAAUACAUCACUUGAGCAUACCAGAUUAAAGUCAAUUAUUCAGGAAGUUGCUAGAGAUCAUAGAGACCAUUUCCAUAGGGAUUUUCAGUUUGGCCAUAUGGAUGGAAAUGGCUACAUAAAUACCUUGCUGAUGGAUGAAUUGACAGUGCCAACUGUAGUUGUACUGAAUACUUCAAACCAACAAUACUUUUUGCUAGAUAGACGGAUUAAGGACGCCAAAGACAUGGUCCAGUUCAUUAAUAGCAUUUUGGAUGGCACAGUAGAAGCCCAAGGAGGUGAUAGCAUUUUGCAAAGAUUGAAAAGAAUAGUAUUUGAUGCCAAAUCUACUAUUGUGUCUAUAUUCAAGAGCUCACCACUUAUGGGCUGCUUUCUCUUUGGGCUGCCACUGGGUGUCAUCAGUAUCAUGUGCUAUGGAAUCUACACAGCUGACACAGAUGGAGGUUAUAUAGAAGAGAGAUAUGAAGUGUCUAAAAGUGAAGUGGAAAGCCAAGAACAGAGAGAAGAGAGCAGAGAGCAGCAGGAACCGAGUGCCGGAGGAUCUCUGGUGCCCUCUGCUCAAGAGCCUAAGGAUGUAUUGGAAAAGAAGAAAGACUGAGACUGCAAUGAUGAAAUAUUUGAUAGAAUUUCAAAUUAUUAAAGAGUCUAUUUAUUAAAUUUAGAAAUUUAAUCAUGGUUUUUGAAGAAGAGAAAAUGUCAUUUGUAUUUUGCUAGUAUCAACUGCAUGGAUUAAAGCAGUCUUUCCAUAAACAGGGAGACGUUUUCAGAGCAGAGAUGAACGGUUUGUCUAAAACAAAUUCCAUUCACUCCAUCAGAGUUUGCCUUUAUAGAUGUUACUGUAACAGAUCAAUUCUGUUUGCAUGUUUCUCUAUCUGAAUAUUCUGUAAUAAGAUUUUUGUGCAAAAUAUUUAAAUUGGUCAUUCAGGUAGAAGAUACAUGUUUGGUAGAAAAAUAAUAUCUACAUCUACCACAUCCAUUCCUCCUCUUAUAUUUUGGAUAAGGUUUUUAUGGACAAAAUUAAGUCUUUAAGAUACAGGCACUUUAAGGAAAACUACUUUUUCCAUAUGUCAAAUUAAGACUGUGAGGUUAAAAAUAAUGUCAUUUUAUAUAGCAUAGUGUUUUUAUUUUAUUAGUUAUUUUUAAAGGAGAGGAAAUGUUACUUUUAUCUUUAUACUCAGUUGCAUUAUUAUGAAAUUUUCUUAUGGGCCUAUUUAGUGGAGGAAACAGUUUUGUGACUGACCUUUGCAAAAUCACCCAGCUGUACUAGACGCAGUGGUUUUGGCCCAGCCCAUGACCUGCAGUAUGCUUUAACCAGCUGUCUCAUUGGUUAGAAAGAAAUGGUCUUUCUUAAACUCUACCUUGCUCUAGCCAAAGUAGCCCAGUAUUUUUGUUUUGUUUUAUUUUUAUUGUAUAUAUUGACAUUUCUUCUAAAAUUCCCUUUUAUAAAAAAUUUGUGUUUUGAAAAGUAAUAUAUAUCAUUUUUGUUUAUUAUAUACAAACUUUAUAGUGACUUGUCCAAAAUAUGUGUGUAUGUGUAUACAUGUACAUGCACAUAAAGUUUACUGUUACACAUGUAUUAUGGAGUGCCAUGGCAUGUCUGUUGUAGUGAGUGACAUGAUCCACAGGUCAAACAGCAAGAAUGAGAUGAGCCAGUCAUUUCCCUUCUUUCAGCUUUGUCACCAUGUCAGUGAGUACCUCUCAUCUCUCAUCCAUAAGAAGUCAUCAUACAGGAAUU